AUGGGUUUAUCAGAGCUAUCCGGUGGCCGUAAGAAGACAAAACUAUCCACCAGCUCGAAAGUUGCCCAGGCGAACCUGGGCAUCCUGAACGUGCUGGACCAACAGGAGCUGGAUCCGGAGCUGGAGCCCAAGACGUCGGAGGCAGCCUCGGAGCCCUCGGAGCCCUCGGAGCCCUAUGAGUCCUAUGAGCCCUACAUCAUCUGUGAAUCCCCCCAACGCUGCGAGCCCCCCGAACCCUGUGCGCUCAGCACCGUCUAUGAAUCCUCCGGGCCCUACGAGACCUACGGGUCCGGGUCCUCCGAGCAGAACCAUUACGAGCCCUGCGAGCUCCAGAAGCCCCAGGAGCCCCGCAAGCACUGCAAGCACAGCAAGCCCCAGAAGCCCCGAAAGUCCCAGGGGUCCCAAGGGGCCCCCGAGGCCUACAGGGGCCACAAAGCCGAGCUGCCGCCUCACAACCUGCCACAGACUUUCCUGUCUUCCCCCAGCGAGCGUAGUGCAUAUGAUUGUGCAAGGAGAAGUUCUUUUUCUAGGAAGAGAAUCCAAGAACUUUCUAAGCCUAAAAAGCAGUGGGGAACCCCAGAUAGAAGGCUGUUUUGGGGAAAUCAAGAUCCUAUCCGCCCUAUUUGCCGUAGUGCUUUGAAGAGUCAGAUGACCAAAAGACUCGAGAGCCUGGCCCAGCCCAAGGAGGUCUCCAUCAGAUAUGUACCUAACAGGGUUCAAUAUUACUACAACUGCGGUAGAGGGUCUGCAAUCUGGGAUACCCCUUCUUUUGUACCGCUAAGAAAACCUUCCAGAAGGAUCCAGAAGUUGUCACAGCCUAAAAAAAUCAGGAAAAUAGAGAUAUGGAAUAGGUCCCUCAGUGAAUUGAUAACAAGAGAUUCUCUUCAACUCAGUUCUCCUUCUCCCCGGAUAUUACGACUCUCAAUAGCCAAAGGCAUAAGUCCAGACUACAUUCCUCCAAAAGAUAUUGAAACCAAGGUUGUAGCCGCUGCCCUACAUGCUAUCCCAACUCCAAGAAUUAUAGACCUUGCCAGUCCAAGAAUCAAGAUAGAGGGUCUGUGCUAUCCAAAAGAAGGAACUGACAUGCCCAUCCGUCGCGUAACCCAAGCUGCCUUACUAAACACACCUAGCCCUCGAACAGUAUCUCUAGCUAAGGCCAAACCUCUUCACCAAGAUUAUUUACCUGACCGUGAUCCCUAUUGGCCAGUCUCUUACGCUGCUGCACAUUUCAAAAUAUCUCCCAGAAUUGAAGCACUAUCUCAUCCAAGUGCAAGGGCUCCCAUGCACAUUGUGUACUACGACCCAGCGGUCUUCAAAGUCAAGCCAGCUGCUCUGAAAGCACAAUGUUCUCCGAGGGUCCAGGAGUUGGCCGCACCUCUUACCCGUUAA